UCUAAAACCCGUUCCUAGUGUAUCAUCCUUUGGCUCCUUUUGCUGCCGCUGGGCGUUGUAACUGCUGCGGGCAUCUCGCUAGCUUCCCUUCCCCGCAUCCGAUCCGCUCCGCGCCGCACGCACCGCUCUCGGCUUCGAUCCAUCCUUUGUGCGCGCGUCGGUUGCUCUCUCCACAUCCAUCUCCACCGGAAAACUACGCCUCCCCCACCCUUCCUCUCCCCUUCUCCCUUCUCGCUCUCGCUCUAGCUGCGGGGUUGUGUGAUGUGAGACGAAGGUGAGGGAACUUUUUGGUGGUGGGGGAGCUUUGAUCGGAUGGCGAUGGCGGCGGUGCCGGCCAAGAGGUGCAUGAACACGGCGUGCGGCGCGGCGGCGCCAGGGGUUGGUGGGGCGGCGGGGGAGUGGAGGAAGGGCUGGCCGCUGCGAUCCGGCGGCUUCGCCGUGCUCUGCGACAAGUGCGGGUUGGCAUACGAGCAGCUUGUCUUCUGUGAUAUAUUUCACCCACAGGAAUCUGGCUGGAGGGAUUGCUCAUUUUGUGGGAAGCGUCUCCAUUGCGGAUGUGCUGCUUCGAAGAUUUUUUAUGGUCUACUUGACAGUGGAGGAGUCCAGUGCAUGAAUUGCAUGCAGAAUUCUAGACCUCAACCCGUUUCAUGUCAAGUGGCUCCGAAGCUUUUUUUAUCUCCAAAUAACCAGAGACUCUUUGGUAAAAGCGAUGAAUUAUUGCCUGGUAGACCGCUGGAGUCACCGCCCCUUAUGCUGGAUUCCAGAAAUGAUGAUAUUGCUAUUGUUGCUAAGAGCAAUCAUCCAUUCAUGGUAAAAAACAUAGAACCUGGGCAAAGCAGUAACAUUUUUAGGCAAAAAGAAAUAGAAAAUGGCGCGAGGCAGAUUAAAUGGGAACAGCCAACCCUUAGUAUUGGGGACAUGGGAAGGAUGCCUUUCUUAAUUAAGGCUCAAAGUACAUUAGAGUCUCCCCAAUCCCAAUGUACUCCAAGAGAUGAUAUUAGAGAUCCAACAGCAGAUAGCACAACAAGUGAAUCACUAUCCGAGGCAUGUCUCAGCAUGAGCUUGGCCAUUACUAAUAACGGAAACAAGACGGAGGCUACUUCAACAAUGGAAAGACCUUCACUAUCACCAACGACUCUGUUUUCUGAUGGAAGAGAACUUGCAACUUCAUUAUCUCCAUUUCAGCAUGCACAAAGGGCUCGACAUUAUCUGACCAGACCACCAAGAGUUGCUGAAGGUGCUGCUUUUGAUCCAAUGAAAGAUGGUUUUCCACAUCUUCGCGUUGCGAGACCACCUGCUGAGGGAAGGGGCCGCAACCAAUUACUUCCUCGGUAUUGGCCAAGAAUAACAGACCAAGAGCUGCAGCAAAUUUCUGGAGAUUCAAAUUCCACCAUUGUUCCGCUGUUUGAGAAGGUUCUAAGCGCUAGUGAUGCAGGCCGCAUAGGACGCCUUGUUCUCCCAAAAGCCUGUGCUGAGGCAUAUUUUCCACCAAUCUCUCAGCCAGAAGGUCGUCCUUUGACAAUUCAAGAUUCAAAAGGCAAAGAAUGGCACUUUCAGUUUAGAUUUUGGCCAAAUAACAACAGCAGAAUGUAUGUCUUGGAGGGUGUUACACCAUGCAUACAGUCCUUGCAACUACAAGCUGGUGAUACAGUAACUUUCAGUCGGAUAGAGCCUGGAGGGAAACUUGUUAUGGGCUUCCGGAAGGCGACAAACACUGUCAGUUUGCCAGACUCACAGAUUUCAGCGAUUGCAAAUGGUUCUCUUCUAGGUGAUACAUUCUUUUCUAGUCCUAGUGAGAACCUAUCAAUAGUAAGUGGUUACUCAGGAUUUCUUCAGUCAAUGAAGGGAGCUACAGAUCAUCAUCCAAGCUCUCUAUUUGAUCAUCAUGCGAACUCAGCUGAUGGGGACGUUAGUUGGCUUAAGACAGAUAGAUUUGGUGGUAGGUCAGAUGAGGGGUCUUUGCAGUUCUUGCAAAGAAGAAGCCGCAAUAUUGGUUCAAAAAGCAGGAGGCUUUUAAUGGACGCUGAAGAUGCUCUAGAACUAAAGCUUUCCUGGGAGGAGGCUCAGGAGUUGUUACGUCCUGCUCCAUCUGCAAAACCAACAGUUGUGAUGAUUGAGGACUAUGAAUUUGAAGAAUAUGAUGAACCUCCUGUCUUUGCAAAGAGAUCAAUUUUCACCCGGCGUUCUACUGGGGAACAAGAUCAAUGGAUUCAAUGUGAUGAUUGCUCAAAAUGGCGAAGGCUGCCUCUUAAUGUUAUUAUUGCCUCUAAGUGGACAUGUCCUGACAACACAUGGGAUCCAAAAAGCUGUUCCUGCUCGACACCUCAAGAAUUGGCAACCAAGGAUUUGCAUAGUAUUCUCCAGCAGUACGAAGAUAUCAGGAGGCGCAAGAGCAGCUAUUUUUUGAAGCAGAACAUCCCUGAAAUGGAUGCAUCGAGCUUUGAUGCCUUGGCCGCAGCCACAGUCUUUGGUGAGGUCGGGAACCAAGGUGCUUCUUCAGUUGCAACAACUACCAAGCAUCCCCGGCACCGCCCCGGUUGCACUUGCAUAGUGUGUAUUCAGCCACCCAGCGGCAAGGGCCCGAAGCACAACCCGGCAUGCACUUGCAAUGUCUGCAUGACCGUCAGGCGCCGUUUCAAGACACUGAUGAUGAGGAAGAAGCAGCGGCAAUCCGAGCGGGAGGAAGCCGAGGCUAGCAAAAAGAUCACUUGGAUGAGCAGAGAUGAACCUGAGGGAAGCAGCCUGUCACGGUCCCCCCAGACACUGGACCCUGCUCGAGACGGCGAUGUGACCAUGCUCGACAAGGUCGACAUGAACAAGGGCCACAUAGACCUCAACUUCCACCCCGCCAGCCGCGACGAGGUGAGCAUGGUCGGCCUCCUUGAGGUCGCGAGCCGCCCCCUGGAGAGCUACAUGAAGCAGAACGGCCUUGUGAGCCUGGCGGGGGAGCAAGCGAGCUCCAGCACCCAGCCCCCCAUGGUCCUGCCUCAAGCUGCUCCGGUGGGGAGUGAGGAGCAAACCCCCGACGAGGCGCGUGUCAUGUCAGUGGUGGAGGAGCGGGAGAGAGAACCUACGGACAGCAUGGCCAUCGACGAGGCAGCCGGCGAGAACUAUGGAAUUGCUGCCACUGACAAUGCUGCGACCGCCUGAACUGAGCUUAUUGUAUUGGUGUUGUAACUUUUUUUUCCUGUGUGCGUGUGUCUGAUCGGCUUUACCAAAUUUUUUCACGGAACAGCUGGUAAGUCUUCAUGUGAAAAAAAAAACAAAAUCAAAAUCUAUCAUAGGGGUUCUCAUCGUGUUGAUGUACUUGUUCUUUGAUUUCCUGCUGUAACAUAUACGUGUACAGGGCUGUGCAAUUCCCGUUAGUUUGUGCUACGUUGUAACCUUUGGUGACUCUUGAAGCAUUCUAUAAAUCACGUACCGCUGUUUCUAA